CGUGACGCUGCGCCGCGCUCUCGCGUCUGUGAUUCGGCUGAAGAAAGGACAAAGUGUCCAAACACAGAUAAACUCCUGGCGAAGCAACUGAGAGCCACGUUACAUGAUUAUAAAGAUGGCAUUUAUAAAAGAAGAGAGUGAAGACAUUAAGAUUGAAGAAACAUUCAGAGUCAAACAUGAAGAUAAUGAGGAACAAACAAAGAUGGAGUUUAUUAAAGAAGAGAGUGAAGACAUGAAGAUUGAAGAAACAUUCAGAGUCAAACAUGAAGAUACUGAGGAACAAACAGACCCAAUGGCACUGAAGGAGGAGAAUCAAGAACUGAAAGAAAAUGGACAUAAAGAUCAAUAUGAAAAAACAUGCUUUCAUAACCAGAGAAAAUCUUUUAGUUGUUCACAGCCUGAAAAUUCUUUGUCACAAAAAAGAGCUCAAAAGACUGGAACUAGAUGUCGUUUUACCUGCCAACAGUGUGGAAAGAGUUAUACUAAUAAAAAUAGCCUCAAAUUCCACAUGAGAGUUCACACAGGAGAAAUACCUUACAUGUGUCAACAGUGUGGAAAGAAUUUCAUUCGACCAGCAAGCCUCAAAAUCCACAUGAGAAUUCACACUGGAGAGAACCUGUUUAUUUGUCCACAGUGUGGAAAGAAUAUCGGUCAAAAAGGACACUUUAUUAUCCACAUGAGGAUUCAUACUGGAGAAAACCCAUUCACCUGCCAACAGUGUGGAAAAAGUUUCAAUCGAAAAGGAAACUUGAAAGUCCACAUGAGGAUUCACACUGGAGAAAACCCAUUCACCUGCCAACAGUGUGGAACAAGUUUCAAUCAAAAAGGAAAUCUUGACGCCCACAUGAGAAUUCACACUGGAGAGAAGCCAUUUGUAUGUGAUCAGUGUGGAAAGAGUUUCAGAUUUUCAGUAGCCCUUAAUCAGCACAUAAGGAUUCACUCAAGAGAGAACUGUGGAAUCAAUGUCAAGCAGACUGAAAAUACUUUGUCGCAAGAAAGAGCUCAAAAGACUGGAACUAGAUGUGAAUUUACCUGCCAACAGUGUGGAAAGUGUUAUACUAAUAAAGGUAGCCUCCGAGUCCACAUGAGAGUUCACACAGGAGAGAAACCUUACACGUGCCAACAGUGUGGAAAGAGUUUCAAUCGUCCAACAAGCCUCAAAAUCCACAUGAGAAUUCACACUGGAGAGAAGCUGUUUACUUGCCUGCAGUGUGGAAAGAAUUUCAGUCAAAAAGGACACUUCAAUGACCACAUGAGGAUUCACACUGGAGAAAACCCAUUCACCUGCCCACAGUGUGGAAAAAGUUUCAGUCGAAAAGGGAACUUGAAAGUCCACAUGAGGAUUCACACUGGAGAAAACCCAUUCACCUGCCAACAGUGUGGAAUAAGUUUCAAUCAAAAAGGAAAUCUUGACGCCCACAUGAGAACUCACACUGGAGAGAAGCCAUUUGUAUGUGAUCAGUGUGGAAAGAGUUAUAGAUUUAGAGGAGCCUUUAAUGACCACAGGAGCAUUCACAGUGGAGAGAAGAUUUAAGUGUCUUCUGUGUGAAAGGAGUUCUCAUAUCAUAGACAUGAAAAGUCAUUAGCAAACUCAUUCCAGACAUAAAGUUCCAAGUGUGAAAAGAGAUUUACAAAAAGGAACAAUUUCAAAUAUCACCUGCUUGUUCAUUCUGGAUGAAGCUGAUGUAAUUGUGAUCAGUGUCACAAAAAGUUCUUUUUCAGAUGCAUAUGGAAAGUCAUGCAUACAGUAGACCUUAUGCUUGUGCUUUUUGUAGACAGAGUUAAGUGGCUCAGAAUGUGCCUCAAAUUCAGAUACUUUUCUUUUGUCAUGUUCAUAUGAAUGAAUGGGGUCACACCCAUUCAUCUUCCUUGCCAUAAUUUAAAAUAUUGAGCAGUUAUGGUAGAUGCUCUAUGAUUUAAAAUGUAUAGAGUUGUUGCUUAAUUAUUAGAUUAAGGACAAUGCGUUGAAAUUAACACUGCAUCUACACUGCAUUCAGAAAGUAUUAAGACCUUUUUUAUUUUACAUUUUGUUUGCCUUACUGUGCGUUCACACCGCCGCUGUCGAGAGCAUCAAAAAUCGCUCUGGCCACCCUGCUGACAACGCUGUAGAAAGAUUCUCUGACAUAGAUCUAAUUCUUAUCUUGUAUUUAAAAGGGCCGCAAAGCAAACAAGCUUGUUGAUCUUGUGCAGACUGACAACAAGGAGGGUAACGUUAUAAAUAAACCUCAUUAAAUAU